AUGAACUCUGUCAACUCCAACCAUUCAUCUUAUUCGACACCACAGCCAGUUCCAAUCAACAUACUUCUGCCCCAUUCUUUAACAGCCCAAACAGCGACAAAUCUGCUGCCAUAUAAUGCAUUACCGCCUUUGAACACACAACAACAGCCACACCAGUGCUUGAGACAUAGCGCAUCUCCUGGGCUAGCCUCAUCAUCGGCGUCACCAUCGACAACAUCCAACAAUAACGACAACAGCAAUGAGUUUGGAUUAUCACAAGCACAACCAUCAGCUAGGCAACAUUCGAUAUCGACAAAUACUCAUGCAAACUCCAUAUCACCCACUUCGAUCUCCGGUACUGGAUCGUCUACACAGGUGGGGCCGGUCGGGGCAACAACUGCAACAACGGUACCUAGCAACAGCAAAAAUGAUCUCACUUCAACUCCUACCCUAUCCUCGGCAAAUAUCAAUACAAUUCAGAAUGUUGCACCCACGCCUAACUCGGCAAGAAGUAUGUCAAUAGUGAGUCUCGAACGAAGUGCCCGUAAUUCAAUUGUUUCGGUUGAUGAAAACCUUCGAUAUCACACUCGAAACGAUAGCUCUGCAAGUUUGGCGUCAAUCGGACAUGUGAAUCAAAACACUUUCACAAUGACACCAGCAGGCAAUCCCUCUAGUGGAGGGCUACACAGACAUACAGAUCAUGGGUUUGAUCAAGGCAAUAGUGUGUCAAAAAUGAGACUUGGCCAUGACAAUAGGAGUAGUAGCGGUGAUGGUGUUACUGGUAAUAAUCAAGGAUCUGGUUGUUCGGGGUCAGCUAUUUUGACCGAUGAGGAGUCAGAAUACGACACAAGGAUGACAAACAGUAGGACUCCUCAAUCAAGUGAUGGUUUGAAGACAAUUCCGUCGACGCCCGUGCUCGGAGCUACAGCAACAAAUGGCUCGUUCCCACUGGGACCGACAUCUAGAGGCAUGGCAAAACCAAUGCAUCGACCAAAGAGGCGUAGCUUCAAAGACGAAACAUCGGUGCAACAUUUGAAAAACGAUUUUAGAUUCAAGUUUCAUGAAACGUACUCUGCAGGAACUGCGGCGGUAUCACCACCCACAAUACCAACGACACCCGUAUCGUACCACAAUUCAAACGCGCAUAUCCAUAGUUUGACAGCAAGUCCUACAUCAGAAAGUUUGAUUUACGGAGGGAAACAUUUGCAUAUGGAGUCGCCGUUAGAUGACAGUCACAUUGCAUUCACCAGCCCGGCUUUGAAUCACGAUACGAUGAGCAAAAACUUGGAAAGUCCAGAGAUGAAGAGCAUUUCUUCCACCUCCAUUUCCCCAAUGCAAUCUCUGGGUCCAGUCAAGAAGUUGAAAUCUACAAGCUUGAUCCAACAGUCACUUUAUUUGAAAAAGAAGUUGGCAUUUUCCAAAGAUUUACAAAUUGAAUUCAAUAAUGCAUCCGAUUUAACCAACACAAGCGAGUCUGGCUGUUGUGGCUCUAAAGGAGCAUUACAUUCACAUUUGAUUACAAUGUCCCCGCCGUUGAGUGCCGCUUUAUCGGAAGCCAAGUUUUUUGCCCAUCUACCUCCGUCUUCGAAUGUGAUGGCACCAUCAAGAAGAAGGUUAUCGUCGUCGCUCAAUGAGACUGAAAGAGCUAAAAACUUACCCACGAGUGCGGGCGCAAGUGGGGACAUGAGGGUAAACGAGGCGGCUGAUUUGGAUGUAGGAUCCAGCACGAGUUCUCUUUCAAAGCUGGACUUCAUGGUGUCUCUGAAUGACCAUGACUCACCCAAGACACUUUCUUCUGCCCCUAUGACGCCAUUGCGAGCUAUGCAAUCGGUCAAGGAACAGAAUGAUUUGAUCACAAAGUUGAACCAGAAGUGGAACAAAUCAAUGAUUAAUAAUGCAAGUAACACAACUAUCGAGGGCCAUUCAGGUGAUGGAAAUGGUGGCAACAACAAUUCUGAGGAGAACAACAAGGUGGACCAAGCUGUAGGAGCUAUUGCCAACGCCAGUACUGGCCCUGAGUUGAAUACACACGGGCUGCCAGAUUUGAAUUCGGGCAAUAGCUCUAGUGUGUUGCAUUUGGCACGCAAUCUGAGAAAGCGAUCACGACGCGAUUCAUUUGAGGUUGAUGACGAUGAGGACGACGGUUUUGACGAUUACAAUUACGACCAUUUACGAUAA